AUGAAGGUGGAAAAUGUGUAUGACCUAGUACAUCACUAUGAGACAAGUGAUACUCCACGAUUUAAAUGCCCAUAUGAGUCGUGUGAAUUCAGUAGGAAACAUUCCUUACCUGAAAUGGUCAUUAAUCAUAUCAUUUUAGCGCACAUUGUCCCACAAUAUGCUAGUGCCAAGUACAGGGACCAAUGGUGUUGCCGUUUCAUGGACAAUUUACGAACCCAGCCAGUGGAGCAUGCAGAAUUAUAUGAAAACAUGAAUUUGGGAAGCAAAAGGUUUUAUGCUUCCCAAUCGCCAAUCAAAACUUGCCAUUAUUCUCCAAUGGGUAAUGACUUAUCUGGAACUAGCAACAGUGACACUUCUCAACCUGGUCACAUGUCACCUUGUGAGUCAGGAAACAACAGUUCGUGGACGGAACAAUCCCCUGGUCAGUUUAACUGGACCCCCAGUGACAUCAUGAGCCAGGAAGAGGCAAUGCUCUGGGAUAUGAGACUGACUGCCUCUGAUAUAAAACAUGUGGUCCAUGUCCCCUCAAUGUAUCCACCUAUGGUGCAACCAGAGUCAGAAGAAGAGGAACUGUCAAAAUAACAACCAGAACAACAGGCACAACCACAACCUGAGGCAGCACAACCUGAAGCAGCACAACCACAGGAGCAACAAGAACAACCAGAAGCACAACCACAAGAACAACCAACCCACAAUUUC